GUUUAACCACCAUCAAUCUUACUGAAGUCUAUCCAAUUUCGCGCACUCUCUCCCCGCCACUGGUGCUUCUGUCACUCCCUCUGCAAAAUCAUCCGUUUUUCAAAUGCAUGAUGCUCCUUCCAGUCUCACUCCUUCCCAAUUCCUCAGCCUCAUUCAGCACCUUAGCAUUUGCUGUCCCAAAAAUUCACAGCUUUUCCAGGCAUUCCAUUCGAUUUAAGGUCCAUGCCUUCCUAAACAAACCACUGGACUCGACCUCUAAUCAACCAUCCGUACUUCUCGAUAGUCUCAGAGUUCUCGAAUGGGACAAAUUAUGCGAUUCCGUAGCUUCCUUCGCUGGUACUUCAUUAGGCAAAGAAGCUCUCAAGGAACAACUAGGGUACUUGAAUCAAACGUUUGAAGAUAGUCUCGGACUCUUAGAGGAAACCAAUGCUGCUGUGGAGAUGAAUAAGUACGGUGCCAUGGUGGACUUUAACGGCAUUGAUAUUGAGCUGGUCAAAACCGCCAUACAAAUUGCACGCAGAGGUUUUCCUGUCAGUGGGACUGAAGCCAUGAAUGUUGUAGCACUACUGCAGUUUGUGGAAAUGUUGCAGUCAAAUGUCAAAGCCGCAAUCAAGCAAGAUGCAGAAUGGUAUCAGCGCUUUAUGCCUCUUACAGAAAUGAUUAUGGAACUAACCAUAAGCAGAUCACUAGUGAGCUUCAUACAAAAACUAGUUGAUGAGGAUGGUUCCGUCAAGGAUUCUGCGAGCUCUGCCUUGAAACAAUCUCGUGAUCAAGUUCGCCUUCUUGAAAGAAAGUUAUACCAGUUGAUGGAGAGCAUAAUCAGGAACGGAAUGGAAGAAGCAUCUUCUAUGGAAGUGAGUGAAGUUGAUGGCAGAUGGUGCAUUAGAUCAGGGUUUAAUCAGCGAACAAGCUUUGAGGGUCUACUAUUGUCCAGUGCUUCAGGUACUGGAAGUGUUGUAGAACCUCUCUCAGCAGUUCCAUUGAAUGAUGCACUCCAGCAAGCCAAGGCAUCUGUGUCAAAGGCUGAGGCUGAUGUGCUUCUGAAGAUAACACAGAAGAUGCAAGAAGAAAUUGAUUACAUAGAAAGCAUUUUCAGCGUGAUGGUUAGGCUGGAUGUGAUCAAUGCGAGAGCACGAUAUAGUCUUGCAUUUGGAGGCUCUUGUCCAGAUUUAUUUUUGCAACAAGAAAAGGAUAGCUUUGUAGCUACUGAUGCUUCAUUUGAGGCAAGAACCUCAGUGGCAUUGCAUCCAGCACGGAGGAAAUGGACAGUGUAUCUGCCGAAAGCUUAUCAUCCUUUAUUACUACAAAAGCAUCAGCAGGCUCUACAGAAGGCCAUGAAAGAUGUCAAGAAUGCUAUUGCGGAAAUUAGGAGGAGGAAGCAACAGGGAGAAAAUACUACUUUGAGAAAAGAAACCAGUGUGAAUUUAGAGGCCUUGGAAGCAAAGGUUGCUAAGUUGAAAGAGGAACCCCCUGUUCCUGUUGACAUAUAUCUCGCUCACAACACUCGAGUUUUGGUUAUAACUGGUCCAAAUACUGGGGGUAAAACCAUUUGCUUGAAGACUGUGGGUUUGGCUGCUUUGAUGGCAAAAUCUGGUCUUUAUGUGUUAGCAUCAGAAUCAGUGAAGAUCCCUUGGUUUGAUUUUGUAUUUGCUGAUAUUGGUGAUGAACAGUCCUUAUCCCAAUCACUGUCUACCUUCUCGGGGCAUCUGAAACAAAUUAGUAAAAUCCGGUCUCACUCAACAGACAUGUCACUUGUGCUAUUAGAUGAAGUAGGGGCAGGGACAAAUCCUCUAGAAGGAGCUGCACUUGGGAUGUCAUUACUGGAAUCUUUUGCAGAAUCUGGGAGUUUGUUGACUAUAGCUACAACACAUCAUGGAGAACUUAAAACCCUUAAAUACAGGUGCUCAAUACUAAGUAUGGAACUUUUAUAUGAGACAAAAGACUUACCUCCUCUAACAUCAUGGUGCUACAAUGUACUUGACAGCAAUCAUGCCUUUGAAAAUGCAUGUAUGGAGUUUGAUGAAAUGAAGUUGAAACCAACUUAUAGGAUUCUAUGGGGAAUACCAGGACGGUCAAAUGCAAUCAACAUAGCCGAAAGGCUCGGGAUACCUGAUGUCAUUGUGGACAAGGCUCGUGAACUUUACGGAGCUGCUAGUGCAGAAAUCAACGAGGUUAUACUUGACAUGGAGAGAUUUAAGCAAAACUUUCAUGAGCAAGUUCGUGAGUCACAACAUCUUUUGAAGCUCACCAAAGGUCUCCAUCACAAGUUGCUUAUUGCCAGAAAAAAUGUGAAAGAACACAGCAUUAGUGAAAGAUACAGGAAAGUACAGGAAAUAUCUGAGGCAGCAGCAGCAGCACGAUCUUCGAUUCAGAAGAGAGCACGGCAAUGUCGUGCAAUUACGCCAUCCCAGAAAAUAUUGGAAAGUAAUGGACACACACCAGCUAUGAAGAGUGAAGCUAGAGAGGAAAAAAGUGAAAUUACGGAAGCAGCUAAUGUUGUGUACUCCGCCAGUACAUCCAGGCUACCUGUUUCAAAGAAGAGGAAACUCCCUGGUAUUGGUGACUCGGUCCUAGUUCCUUCACUUAACAAGCAAGCUUCAGUCCUAAAAGUGGAUCCUGUUAGAGAAGAACUAUUGGUACAAGCUGGAAACAUGAAGCUUAAGCUUAAACUAACAGAUGUAUUGACUUGAGAGGUUCCUGUGCCAGGUGAGUUUUUCAUAUUUCUCUCCUGCAGUAAGAAGUAUCCUUGGGACUGGCACUUGAACCCAGUUUCUUGCCACCUGCAUUUGGUAUGACAAAACAGUAAACUUGUUAAACUUAGAGUAAGAAUGAUUGAUGGGUAUAUUUUCUUAUUCUAAUGGAGUAAUAAAUUAGUGUAAUAAACUGGGGAUAUAUUUGUAUAGCCUGAGCAUAUAUCCAGUUACCCGGGAGGCAUCGCAUGCUAUUUGACUAGGCGCUUUUACCGCUGAGAUCUGGCACAGGAGGAAAGGGUCUCAAAGUAAUUCAGCUGCGCCACUUUCACGAUGUUUUGGCAUUUUAAAGGGAGGCCUGGAGUAGGAGGUUCCAUAAGAGAAUAUGUCCAAUGUUAGUAAGCAAUGAUAAUUUUCAGUAAGUGCAUGUACAUGCGAGGAAGCAAGGUUGGACACGGGAUUUGAAGUUUAUGGGUUCCUACGGUGACAUCAAGUUCAUACUAUACGGCUUCACAGUCAAAUAUAUAUAUAUUAAAUUCUUAAUAUUUGUACAAGGUCCCGACAAAAGUUAUUGGGCUCAUGUGAACCUGUAACCAACACUGUAGAUCUGCCCCAGUGAGGAAGUGUAGCAGGCCAAAUGUGGAACUUUAUUGAGUGUGCUCUCUGGGAGAUGCUAACAUUAUGGGGAAACUUCUGAUUGCUCCGUGUUCAGUAGUUAAUUAUUGGUACGAGUUUGCCAGUUUUGAUAAA